ACGGCCCCGAGGACGGUCAGAGAUUAUCACGGGCAGUCGGCAUACAGAUUAUCAUGGCGGUCCCGCAGUUCCGCACGAGCAUCAAUGAGUACCUCGAGGGUCUUCCGGAGACCGUGUUGAUGCGUCUGUACUCUUCUCCUGCGACAUGUCUUGCUAUCUUUCGACUCCAGCCCCCGAUGGCGCACCUCUUCAUUAUGACAAUGCUGUUUAACGAGAAACCUCUCCCAAUUUCCUGGAUCGAUAGCUGGGUGCAGGAUUCCAGUCGUCUAAAACAACACGAGGCACUCGAGAAAUUGAGGAGCAUGCACAUCAUACACGAAACAAUGGACUCAAUCUCUUUACAAAAAACGUUCCGCAACAGUCUCCGCAAAGCCAUCACAGGCGGUGAUUCAAACAAUUCGUUUGGUGUCCCCUGCGACACGGAGGAUAAGCACAAGGUUGACAUCAAAUUCCUGGAUGAGCACGCAAACGCGCAGUGGGAGUUGAUUCUGCAUUAUAUGGUCGGCACGGGGAGUGGUCGAGUUCCUAACAACGGCGUGCUACAGCUUUUGAAACGAAGCGGUUUGAUGGAGGGACAUCCUCCGGCUCCUAUGCGCAUUACAAACGCAGGCUUUCAGUUUCUGCUGCAGGACGUAAAAGCUCAGAUCUGGACUCUUCUGCUCCAGUAUCUCAACAUGUCUGAGGAUCUACAGAUGGACGCGGUUGAAGUCCUGCAUUUUCUGUUCAUGCUGGGCAGUCUGGAGCUUGGGCAAGAUUACUCGUUAUCCGCACUCAGUCCGACGCAGAAGAUCAUGUUAGACGAUCUACGCGACUACGGCCUCGUCUAUCAGCGGAAGUCGUCCUCGCGGCGCUUCUACCCCACCAGGCUAGCAACCACCCUAACGUCAGACGCGCCGGUCGUGCUCACUGCAUCUGCAAGCAUGGACUCUGCGAUGGCGCGGGCCGACGGCGAGUCCGGCUUUGUGAUUCUCGAGACGAAUUUCAAGGUCUACGCGUUCACGGACUCGCCGCUGCAGAUUGCGGUCCUGAAUCUGUUUGUUCACUUGAAGUCGCGGUUUGCGAAUAUGGUGACCGGCCAGAUCACUCGCGAGAGCGUGCGCAAGGCGCUCGUCAACGGCAUCACGGCCGACCAGAUCGUGACGUACCUGACGGUACAUGCGCACCCGCAGAUGAGGAAAGCGGUGCCUCUUCUCCCGCCGACGGUGGUGGAUCAGAUCAAGCUGUGGCAGCUUGAGCUGGAGCGCAUGAAGACGGUCGAGGGGUAUCUUUUCAGCGACUUCAAGAACGGGCAUGAGUACGACGUUCUGGCGAAUUAUGCGCGGGAACUGGGCGUGCUGGUGUGGGAGAACCGGAGUAAGGGAUUGUUUUUUGUCACGAAGGAGGGGAAUCAGCAGAUUGUAGAUUAUUACAAACGCAAGAUCCAGGGACUGAAGUAGGAGUAGGUGGGUCUUGCUGUUUUCUAUCUUACCAUGUACAUAUUCGCACGCACGCAUACGCCAAUGGAGUUUUACUUUUUCUUUUGUAUAGCGUUCGAAGUUUGGUAUCAGGCCGCGGGUGGGGUCGCGGAUUAAUCCGAGCGACGGUUGCCCCAAAACCGUCGAGGGACCAAAGAAGAGGUGCUGUGCAGUGAUCCAUUGGAUGCCGAAACGGGAAGUCGAUGAUGAGAUGGGAGCAGGGCCCUAAACCUGGGAGCAUUGUAGCGAGGCGGAGGGACGGCCAAGAGCGGCGGCGGGAAUUCAGUUCAUAGAUUGGGGAAGUGACGAGAUAAGCAGCUAUUAAAAGACAGGAAGCUGCUGGAGGACUGCUGACGGAUUGCAGAAAGGCGUUUGUUGUUCAUUAUUGCAGAAGAGCUGGUUUGUUGCAGACGUGCUUCUAACAGUUUAGCGUGGACGCCAUUAGAUAGCAGCCCGCCUCGUGCGCCC